AUGAAGAAGGCGGUUAAACUAAAGAAAAGAGAUCCACGACACUUCUCUCUCUCAACCCUAGCUUUCUGGCCGGCUUCCUGCUGAGUUUCUCCGGCUACCGGCGCAUCCGGCGGGCGGGACGUCGUGCCCCCAAGACCACCAGCUAGCGAGAGGGAGCGACAUAAAUGGAUCGUGAUUGGGGUUCGAAGCCGGGAAGCGGCGGAGCCGCUUCCGCGCAAAAUGAAGCAAUCGACAGAAGGGAGCGUCUUCGGCGGCUUGCCAUGGAGACCAUCGACCUUGCUAAGGACCCUUACUUCAUGAGGAAUCAUCUUGGCAGCUACGAGUGCAAAUUAUGCCUCACUUUACACAACAACGAGGGAAACUACUUAGCUCACACACAGGGCAAACGCCACCAAACCAAUUUGGCGAAACGAGCCGCUCGUGAAGCCAAGGAGGCCCCUGCGCAGCCACAGCCCAAUCGGCGGAAAGUUGCCCUUCGGAAGUCAGUCAAGAUUGGAAGGCCUGGUUAUAGGGUGACAAAACAAUUUGAUGCUGAUACUAAACAGCGUUCACUUUUGUUUCAGAUAGAGUAUCCUGAAAUAGAAGAAAAUACCAAGCCAAGGCAUCGGUUCAUGUCAUCCUUUGAGCAGAGGGUUCAACCUUUUGACAAGCGUUAUCAAUAUCUUUUGUUUGCUGCUGAGCCAUAUGAAACCAUUGCUUUCAAGGUUCCAAGCACGGAAAUUGAUAAAUCCACACCGAAGUUCUUCUCCCAUUGGGAUCCCGACUCAAAAAUGUUCACGCUGCAGUUGUAUUUCAAGACCAAACCCAUGGAAAAUAAACCUCCCGGUGUGCCUGGGCCAGUUGCUAAUGGGGCUGCAACUCCAAAUAUUCCACCGCCACCACAAGCACCGCCGCCACCUCCACCUCCCCAAGGGCCCCCAAGAGCUCCACCACCACCAAUUCCUGGUUCAAUAGGUGGAGCCCAGCCCCUACCUCCUCCAGCAACAAAUGGCCCUCGUCCUAUGCCUCCAGGUGGGGCUCCAUUAGUCGCUCCUCCACCACCAGUUGGGGGUGGCACUAUGGCGAAUUUCACUCUUGGUCACCAGGUUCCUCGACCACAGAUGCCGCCACCACCGGGUUUCCCUGGAGACGUUCGCCCAGCACCGCCACCACCAAACAUGUAGAAGAUUUUGCAGACAACGCCAUUGUCAAUAUGAGCAUUGUGUCGUAGAAGCUGCCACGCCUCCUGAAAUGGUUAUUUGCUACUUACUGGUUAUUAUCUAUAGAAAGCAAGGCGCCGAGUAACCUUUUAGCUACAAAAAAGAGGCUCGAUAGAGCCUCAGUUUAGUAGUUUUAUGGCGACUUCCUGUUAAAAUUAGUAGAGCCAUUUGAUAUUUCCUGUCUGGCGACUGCCUGGUAUUAUUUUCUUUCUGGUUCAGACGCUUGAUAACUAAUGAAGCCCAAAUAUAUGGUGGUUGGGGAUGGAUCCCCUUCCUCACCUGCCUUUUUGCAACUAUCAGCUGCUUUCAGAUCUCUCUCUUGUGAACUCUCUCUCUUUGUGAGGUAUCUGGAAAACAUUGGUUAAUCACCCAAUUUUCAUGUCCAAAAUGGUUGUUGGAAUAACAUUUCCUGAUACAUAAUUGGUUUGAUGUA